GAGGUAUUAAAAUGAAUCGCUGUUCCGGAUCGGCGCUCAGAAAAAAGUUGGAUACGACCGGCGACGAGGCGGCAAAAACGUAAGGUGAAAAUGUCGGCGACUACGAACGGCGUGGUGGCUCUUGUGCUCUUCUUGGGGUGCGUUAUCGGCUCCACCCAUGCACAGCUGAAACCUCACUGCAAGAUUGAACAACUCCGAGAAUGUGGCUCGGACUACGUACCUUUCGUGACGAGGACGUACCUGCACGAGGCGAAAGAUAAAUUCGAUGAGGCUUGCAAGCUGGACAACAAGCAGAUUGCCUGCACGCUGAAGUUCGUCGAGGAAUGUCUGGAGGGUCUACCACGGGUAUCCGCCCAGCUAGCCAUCAAGGCCAUGGAAGAGAGCUACGAGGCCACUUGCACGGAGGGCACCGACCAGAACAAACUGUUCCACAACGCCGUGAAGUGCCUAAACUCCGUCGGCACGAAGCUGCACAAGUGCAUGGGGACGCUCAGCAACACGCUUCAGCGCGGCACGAGCAAGGCACCACCGAAGGAGGUCAUCCACUACGCCUGCUGUGGGUACCACGACGCACUGCAGUGUGUGGAAGAUUCCGUUUCCAGCUGCGACACGGAUGACGGCAAGGAGUUCAUGACGGGAAGCAUGGAGAGCAUUUUCGGCGAGACCCUCAGCCUGGUGUGCGGCCAGUACUCGCGUGGCUCGACUGCGUGCAAGCAGCUGCCGGUGCUGCCCGAGCUCGCGCCCGACGAGACCAAGAUCACCAACGUCAUCGAGUUGGCCAUGAGAGUGGCUAGUUCGCUGGGCAAGAAGUAGGCCCCUGGAGCUGCGUUGUACACACUUCACACGAGCACACGCCAUACUUACAUCUUUUUCAUUGUCCUAUCCUCUGAGUGCAACGUGUCCAAGCGCGCUCCACACAUGUUCGUGUCUUUCUCAUACAUCGCAAAAUCAUUCCCCACAGGUUCAUGUCUCUUUGCCACAGGUAAAUGUGAAGCUCCUAAACACGAAUUACGGCCUUAAUUGUUUGCUUGGCGUUUCGAGGAUAUGUUAUGUUCUCCUGGCCAAACGCUGGUCGCUUGGGAUGACGUGCACAACGUUCCUGAGAUUUACGGGCAUGAAUGUUGCUCAGAGUUUAAAGUGAGCCCAUAGAGCUAAAUGUCCCGUGAUUUUAUUGCCAGUGGAGAAGCAUUUGUUUAGUAUUCUUGUAGCCAAAGCUGUCGGUGAUCGCUACCGUAGUGAAGUAAGAGGUGAUUGCCGGUACGCGGCAGCAGUACCGUUUCGCGCUGUGCGCGGCUUCGUCCUACCGAACUUCCACGAACACGUCACGCCAGCCUGCGAAGUCAUGCUCCCAUACUUUCGUAUUGCGAAGAGAGAGAACGCAAUGUACGUCCAUGAACUGUGACGUAGUCGUUGCUACGCCUUGUAGCCAAUGGGCACUCCAUCGACAUGCACUGUGGAAGCUAAACCGUUGCCUUCGUGUGGCUCUAAACGAGAGGGAAUCAAUCAACUUUAAGAUAAAUCCACAGAGACGUCUCGACUUCAUGUUUAGAUGGGAGAGUGCCAGCUUAGCCGCCGUAUUAGUGCAGUCAUGCUUUUAUACCACAGUUAUAUCAGUGCAUGUCACGUCAGGGUAACGCGCAUUAAACGCGGGGAAUUUUUCACGCUUGAGCUCUUCGGUAACAUCUCGCCCCGAAAAGGAAAGAAGGUAGAACUAACUACAGGAGUCCGCUAAACGACUUUCUGUUUGCUACUGUACGCGUGAGUAAGUAGGCGGCGCGGCGUUCAAGCACACUGGCUUUGGCUUUUGAACGCUUGCUGUUUGCUAGUCUACCCACAGCAUCCUGAAUACGUCCUGCAUUGAAAGCAUCCAUACGACAUUCAUUAAGUGUGACUGUGUCGUACUCAAUAAGGAAAGCUGAUGCAACGAAGGUUUUUCAAACGUGUUGUAUGCACCAAAGGAACUUUGAUUCCUUGCAAAAGAAGAGUCCACGGUUUUGUGUGGGGGUACACUAAUCGAUAGCUAGGUGCCUGCUGAACGUUGACCAAACAGAAAACGUUUCUGUGGCAUCAAAGUGUGAAUGGUAUGAGAAUGCAAGAAUAUAUUUCCAAAAGGGAAAAUCGUCACCAAAUAAAAAUGUGUACGA